UUCUCUGAGAGUCUCAGUGAGUAGUCAGGCAGAGUUGAUCAAGGUUUAGCGUAAUCUCCACCGCUCUAGAAUUCAGAGACGGGAGUAUUAGUGAUUUGAUAAGAUCAUUUCACCAAUAAUACUACAAUUAAUAUGUCAUUAUCAUCAUCCAUGGAAAAAUGUUUUCUCUGGUCAAAAUGGGGCAAAAAAGAAUGGGUAAUAAUAUCAGUCAUUGGAUUCACUGUUCUAUCAUUAGCCAUUAUUUUGAUCCUUCAUUCAUCACUAUUUUCAUCAAAAAAAGAUAUUGUUACCGAUACCGAUCAAAAUAAAGAUCGUGUUCCUGAGACCGACCAUGUUCCUAAUGAAAACCAGAUAACCACUCCUCUUGUCAACGAUGAAUCACUUGUUGAUUUGAUUUUGUUGCAAAAUGCUCAGCAAAAAGGAGCUGUUUGUUUAGAUGGAAGUUCACCUGGGUAUCAUCUGAGCAAGGGUUUUGAUUCUGGUUCUCAGAAUUGGCUUCUUUUCAUCGAGGGUGGUGGUUGGUGCGAUACACUGGAGUCGUGUGCUUCCCGUGCGGAGACUUCGUUAGGAUCUUCAAAGUUUAUGGAUCUUAAAGUUUCUUUUAAUGGCAUUUUGAGCAACAACAAGUCACAGAAUCCUGAUUUCUUUAACUGGAACAAAGUAAUGAUGCGCUAUUGUGACGGGGCAUCAUUUGCUGGGAAUCAAAGUGAAUCCGAGAGUAGUACGGGACUCUUCUUUAGAGGUCAGCUCAUCUGGGAUGCAGUCAUGGAGGAGCUCCUUUCAUUAGGUUUGGCUAAUGCGCAACAGGUUCUUCUUUCCGGUUGCUCUGCUGGGGGAUUGGCAACUCUCAUACAUUGUGAUGAUUUUCAGAAAAUGCUGCCUAAAGAAGUUAAUGUCAAAUGUCUCUCAGAUGCAGGAUUUUUCUUGGAUGAGAAAGACGUUUCUGGAAAGCGCACCAUGCGAUCUUUCUAUCAUGCUGUAUCAAAUCUUCAGGGAGUGACAAAGAGUUUACCGAAGGACUGUAUCUCGAAAAUGAAAUCAUCUACAGUACAGUGUUUGUUCCCACAAAAUUUUGUGAAGUACAUAAAGACACCAGUGUUUCUUUUGAAUCCUUCUUACGAUUAUUGGCAGAUAGAGAACAUUUUAGUACCAUCUACAUCAGAUAAUGGUUGGGUAAAAUGUAAAUCGAAUCUUAAUGAUUGUAGUCCAAAUCAAACUAAGAUACUUCACGGAUUCCGAAUGUCUAUGCUAAAGGAGCUGAACCAUGUCCAACAUAGCAGGAACAUGGGUAUGUUCAUAAACGCAUGCUAUUCGCAUUGCCAGACAUCGACAACUAAGACAUGGCAUUCGGUGGACUCUCCAAGAAUCAACAACAAGACAAUUGCAGAAGCAGUGGGAGAUUGGUAUUUCAACAGAAAAGCGGUUAAGGAAAUUGAUGGACCGUACCCUUCCAAUCCUACUUGUUAACGUUAAUACUUUUAAUACAGCAAGACAAACUUAAAUGAAGGUGAAGAGAGAAAAUCUCCCUCUCUUUUAACUUGCAAGAAAAGUUCUACCUACAUUGGGUAUUAAUUUAGCUUACACUUACUGGGAUAUCUAGAGACAUGAUAUCAAUAUAUAUGUAAAGAGUAUACAUCAUUAGUGCCUGGUUAUAUAUAAUCAUAGAUUGUUUUCUCCAGGGGUUUCUCGUUUGUUGAGAUGACAUAGUCCUGUAUUGCCUAAAACCUCUAGCCUCUAUACACACUAGUAUAACAUGCGUGUGUGAUGCGCCUGUCGUUCCAUUCGUUCAACGGUCAAAGACAACGGUCAAAAUGGUCAAAGACAAUACUCAGUCAACGGUCAAAAUCAACGAUCAACAUCAAACGGUGAAAACUCAUUUAAUGUUAAUCUG